UUAGCAUAUAGCUUCUCUAUCUGUGUGUAGCUCAAUGUCGAUGACAACUUCUACUUCUGUGAACUGCAGCAUGGCCGAUCCAGAAAGCUUUGAUUCAGUGAGAAAUCAAAUACACAAGGCACCCUCCAUGUUUGAAACUCUGGGCCGACGUGUUGUUACUAGAUUUCUGGGAUCCUUCAUCUCCACUGGCUGCUUAAUUUUGCAGGAAGCAGAUGGCACAGAUCUCACUUUUGAGGGAAGCGGAAUAAAAUGUUCCCUGAAAGUUCAUUUGAAAAUUCAUAAUCCCCAGUUUUAUUGGAAGGUAAUGACACGGGCAGACGUAGGUCUUGCAGAAGCUUAUAUUGAUGGAGAUUUUUCUUUUGCUGAUGCUGAUGAAGGCCUCUUAAAUCUUAUCAUGCUACUGAUUGCCAAUAACUCUGCUUCAAAAUCGAACAAGAAAAGGGGUUGGUGGACGCCGUUGUUAUUCACAGCUACUUUUGCAUCGGCCAAGUUGGUGUACCAGCAUGUUUUAAGGCAAAAUACUCUUACACAAGCUCGCAGGAAUAUCUCUCGACACUACGACCUGAGUAAUGACAUGUUUGCUCUGUUCAUGGGUGAAACCAUGUCAUACUCCUGUGGAAUCUUUAAGACGGAAGAUGAAGACUUGCAAACGGCGCAGCUUAGGAAAUUUUCUAUUCUGAUUGAAAAAGCAAGAAUUGAGCCGAAGCAGGAAGUUCUGGACAUAGGUUGUGGGUGGGGAAUCUUUGCAAUUGAAGUAGUGAAACGAACUGGAUGUAAAUACACUGGCAUUACUUUGUCCGAGGAACAACUGAAAUUUGCAGAGAAGAAAGUAAAAGAAGUUGGCUACAGGACCAUAUCAGGCUUCAACUUUGCGACUAUCGUCAAUUGCCUGAAAGUAGAUUUACAGUUAGAAUGGCGUGUUUUCAGUGAAAUGAUAGAGCAUGUUGGACAUGAAUACAUGGAGGAGUUCUUUGGUUGCUGCGACAAAUUAUUGUCAGAAGACGGACUUUUUGUUCUACAGCAAAUUACAGAAGAUUCCCGAAAGACAGAUAUUCUAAAGUUGGUUGCUUCCCCUCAGUUUUCAUCAAUGCCGGAUGAAUAUUACGAGGAGGACAGGUGGACUGCAGGCUUUAUUAGGGAAUAUAUAUUCCCUGGUGGAUGCCUGCCUUCAUUCAGCCGGGUAAUCUCGGCCAUGAAUGCUGCCUCAAGGCUCUGUGUGGAGCAUGUGGAAAAUAUAGGAAGUCAUUACUACCAUACUUUGAGACGCUGGAGGGAAAAUUUCUUGGACAACCAGAACAAAAUUCUGGCCAUGGGAUUUGACGAGAAGUUUAUUAAGAAAUGGGAAUACUAUUUCGACUAUUGUGCUGCUGGAUUUAGGACAUAUACGCUUGGAAAUUAUCAGGUUGUAUUCUCUCGGACUGCAAAUAUUGAGAUAUUACAGUAUCCAUACAAAGGAUUUCCGUCAGCAUAUGUUCACUUGUCUACGACAUGAGUCUAAUCAACCACAUCAGUUAUGUUCUCUUUUUUAUUAGUCGUUAUGUAAUUAAUAAUAAAUAAAUAAAUCAUAUAUAUACUUAACUUAGAAUAAUCAAUCGAAAUUAUUUAAUAAUUUUAUAGUAGCUCUUAUACAUCAUUUAUAUAAAUUUUACUCCAUCCAUGUGGGAUAGAGUCCCACAAUUACUGUCCUAGCAGGAGCUUAUGUUGGCCAGAAUUGAAAUUGGCAAUGAAAUUAGAGGCAACAAUCCCUAGU